AUGUCACCACACCCUAUCGUCCGACAUAUCCUCCUUCAGACCGUAGAAGGUGCCCCAGUAUCUACUGCGACGAUCCCCGCCAUCAGACCAGGUGCCGUGGAUCCUGAUACGGGGGCCAAUUCGCCCAGGGACGAAGACUUCAAGUUCCGCACCAUCGAGAGUCUGCACGAGUCGACUGUCAAAAUAGGGGGACUGCCUGCCAAUCGGAUGGAGAUCGCUGCACGAGCAGUGCAGGAGGGACUCGAACAUGCUGGUAUCCGGCUCCGAUCAUUUGCGGCUCGGGACUAUGACGACCAAGAACCGGAGGACGGGCUGGAAACAGGUCAGGUGGUAUUCGCCUUGACUCGGACUGACAAGAUGGACCUGGACGUUCUCUUGGGUAUUUGUGAGAAGGCGAUCGCGCCUUUCCCUGGAGCCGCCAUCAUCUCAAGCCAACAAGGCUACGUGAUCGACUGGUCCACGUCAAACGUCCACAACCUCGUCUACGCGCCGGAUUCUGGGCCGCCAACGCCGAUGGUCGAAAACGAUGGGUGUGAUCGGAGCGUUUCUGGAUCGACGACAGUGAUGAGCAGGAAUGACAGUGUCGAUGCGGGUGUCAGACUCGUCAGUCAUGUGUGAUGUCGGGUGGCGAUCAGGGGUCAAGGACCCGCCAACCGACGAGCGAUUGCAUGAUUGAUUUCAUUUGGCACCAAUCAGUCCGUUCGCUCUGACGCGAUUAGAUAUCGGAAUACAGUCGGAACUUCUACUCAUUAUUGUUGGGGGUGUAAUUCUCGUUCAGCGACCUCAUCAGACGCCAAUCAAAGGGAACCAUCCUGCGUCU